ACAGUGCGCAUGCGUGGAAUAGCUGUUCACCUGACGAAGAUGGUUGGUGCUGGCUUGAACGAAGUGGUACCCUUUAAACAUGUAAACAUGUAACGCAGAGUUUAAUUCCGUUUAAUUCCGUCUCAAAGAUGAAACAACAGCAAUAAAUCUCCAUGCGCCAUUGAAGCAGUCCUUCACCUACGGCUAAACCAUGCUGAAGUGGUUUUCUGGAGAGGAGGGUGGGGCUGCCCAGGGUGCCCCAGGCUCUCCUCAGGGAAGUGCUGGUGGAGGAAGUCCAGUGCUGUCAGAGGUGACCGAGCAGCUGGCCCAGACCCAGCAACUUGUCGUUCAGCUCAAAGAGUUCAUCCGAGAGAAGGAUGCGGCACUGGGUGCCAAAGAUGAGCAACUGAAGACAGAGAAAGAGUCAUGUGAGGCCAAGCUAUCUAAGAUGAGGCUGCAGCACAAGGCCAAGGUCACCUCCCUCAACGCCCAGCUGGAGGAGCUCAAGAAGCAGCGGGGUGAAACCCCUAGCAAGGGCACCCCACUCAAGAUCAAACGGAGCGGCAGUGGGGAGUUAGGAGAGGUUGAGUCUUCAGCUGCCAACCGAGGCAAGAUCCUUCUGCUGAAGAAGAAAGUGGAGGAGCUGGAUCAGCAGCUGUCUCGGAGAAAUGAAGAGCUAAGGAUCAAGACCCAAGAGCUGGAGGCCCAGCAUGAACGUGGCUUUGAGAUGGAUGCCAUGCUGGUCGAGAAGGACAGGAAACUGGCUGAGAAAGAGGCCUACAUAGUUCACCUGCAGAUGGCAGUGUCUGGAGAACACACUCAGUCUGGGCCAGGCUCUGUCACUCAGGACAGCAAGGUUCAGUCAUCAGAAGACAUUGGCUCUGUUCAGGAGCUUCAGUUGCUGGUGCAGAGCUUGACUAAAAAAGUGGGGGAUGGAGAGGAGAGGUACAGCCUCUUACAGGAGCAGGCGGACAGCCUGAAGGCCCUGCUGGAGGCCGAGAAAGCCCAUUACGAAGAGAACGAGAACAUGUACAAACAAAAUAUCCAAACAUUCAAGGACAUAAUAAUGCAGAAGGACAAUACGCUGCUGGAACUGAACCAACAACACGAGCAGGAACUCUUUAAACUAGCAGCAAAAUCAGACGCCAGCGCGGACCUUGAACAGCUCCUGAAGGCCUUGAAGCAGAAACUACAUGAAAAAGAGGAGGUGUUGCUGGGAAAGGCUCAGGUGAUCGAGGUUCUCCAGAGCGAGGUGGAUGGCAGAGACCAGCAGAUUAAGGAGUUGGCUGAGCGAAUGCGGCGUCUGCAGGGGGAGAGGGAGAACCUGCAGUCCAAGCUGGAGGCUGAGAAGCAUGUGAUGCGCGCUCAGCUGCGGGACCUCAUGCAGAAACACGAGUCAGAGCUGCGGCGCAUCACGGAGAAGCACGAGCAGGAGAUGUCCGAGAAGGAGCAGGCACUCUGUGGGCAGCUCCAGGACCUCCAGAGGUCCCCUGCACCCCCGGUCACGGUCUCUGAGGCUUCCAUGGACUCCGGCUCAGCACAUAGGCUCUCAGAGCUGGCAGCCCAAGUGAAACUUAAAGCAGAAGAUGCCAGCAAGUCAGAGACAAAGUUCUUGAAGAUGAAAGCAUGGUCUAAGUCUCGCAUUCGACAACUGGAAGAAGAGCUGAAGAAGGCCCAGUCUGGAAGCUCAGCUCCAGAUGUCUCGAUCCUUCGUAGCCACGUAACAGAACUGGAAGAAGAGAGAGAAGAGAUGCUUUGCAAACUUGACCAGUAUGAUGACCUUAAAGCCAAAAAUGAAGUGCUGGAGGCCAAGCUGGUUGUGUAUGAGGAGCAGCAGAGGAAGAUGCAGGCUGACUUGGAGCAGGUCACCAAGAGAGCUGCCUCUCAGGCCAGCGAGUCUGGCAGUGUUGAUGAACUGCAGAGUAACGUCCUGGAGUGGCAGGAUAUGGUCUCCAUGGUGACCGAUGCAGAGGCAGCCCGUGACCAGGCCUGUGAGGAGAAGAACUCCAUGGCCCUCAGGAUGAGCCACAUCGAAGAGGAGAGAGAGGGACUGAUUGAGGAUGACUGGUUCUUUCCUGGCUGCUCCGAUCCAGCGCUGGCCAAUCGGCAGCAGGAGUUGGAGGAGGAGCUGGCCCAGGCACGAGGGCUUCGCCAUCCGAGGGUCAAGAAGAUGGGAGACCCUGGCACUCGCAGCUUGCAGGAGGACCUGGACUUUGAUGUGCAGCAGUCAUUCCCUGAUCCUAGCAGUCCUUCGGGCAACACCACUCCAAUGGAGGGAGAGAACAUGGGAGAUGGCUUAAGGUCAGUAGUAGAGGAGUUGGAGGUGGAGAGAAACCAGCUUCAGGAGCAAAUCAUUGCCCUCGAGGACCGCUGUCAGGACCUAGAGGAUAGGCUACAGCUGCAAGCCCGGAUUGAAUCCUUGCAGAAUGAGUCUGAGAAACUGCAGGCUCAGUUGGCAACCCUCCGCAGCCAACAGACCAGAGAUGCUGAAAAACACCAGCUCCUUGUUACAAGUCUCAACGAGCAGCUCAAAGGAUUGAGUGAUACACAAGAGUGCCUGGAAUCGUCUCUGAUCGAGAAGGAGAACACACUUGCCAAAACCUCAGAGAAAUUGGAACUUAUUGACAGUCUCAGAGAUGCUCUUCGGGAGAAGGAGGAGCAGCACAAGGAUGUGUCUGAUAGACUUCUUCAGACGGAACAUAAUCUGUCUGACAUUACCAAGAAGUGCAGUGCUUUUGAGAAACAGUGCUCUGAGAUGAAAACAACAGUAGCAGAACUCACCCAGAAACUGAGUUUGCUCAAAGAAAAGACGCAGAAGCAAGAAGCUAUUAUAGUCUCUCUACAGAGUGACUUGGAUCAAACAAACGAUGACCUUGACAAGCUAAACUCCACACAUUUGGAGGAAAGAGCUCAGUUAAUUCAUGACCUUCAAAGUUGUGAAAGAGAGAUUGACAACCUCAAAGACAUUCUCUUAGACAAAGACAAGGAGAUAUCUACUCUUUCUGGUAACAUAACUGAGUACGCAGAGCAAAUCCUAGAGCUGAAACUGGAGAUCAGGCAUAAGGAAGAGGACCUUGUCCGAAUUGAAGGUGCUCUGAGCAAAGCUGAACGUGAAGCCCAGAUUAUUCGUGACUCCCAGUCAUCCGAUCAGCAGUCCCUGAAUGCCAAGAUGUCAGAGCUGAUGGAACAGCUGAAGGCCACAGAGGGCGAGUUGGAAAAAGCCAAAGAGGAAAAGAAUUUGAAGAUGACCGAGUUGGAUGCUUUGACUAAACAAGUUAAAGAGGACAGGCAAACCAUUCAAGGACUGCAUGUGGAAAUACAGAAGCUGAGCGCAAACCACCGCAGCCAUCUCUCAGAGUGUGAGCCCCUGGUUUCGUCCUUGAAGGAGCAGGUCUCGUUGGGCUGUCAGAAAUCACAAGAGUCAGAGGGUCUCCUCUCACAGCUCAAGGACACAGCUGCCUCUAAUGAGAAACUAAAAGAAGAACUUCUGGAGAAGGAGCAAAGUUAUAUAAGAGAACUAAAGUCUUUUAAAGAUGAACGAAACACGCUUCUGGCUGAGGCUAACAAACAGAAUGAUGACCUUCAGAGCCUAUCAAAACAGCUUGAGGAACAGGUGGAGCAUAAGGAAGAAGUCAAUAGGGUAGUGCUAGAAAAAUCAGAAGUCAUAUCUUCUCUGGAGCAGCAGCUGAAAAAUGCACAGGAAGAUUCGGAGGGUCAGAUGGUAAAACUGAAUGCUGAGCUUAAAGCCAAAGAUGUGGAUAAGGAAAAGCUUGAAAAGGAACUUGCAGCAAAAUCUGAAAGUAUUUCCAAGAUAAAGGUGCACUUGAAGAAUUUGAAAGCAGAAAAACAGAAAUUGCAAAGAAAUAUUGAGGAAAAAUCUCAAGAGAGCAAAAUUCAGAAGCAACAACUGGAUGACGUGACAGGAAAAAUUGAAACCUUACUCAAACAAAACAGUGAAAUACAACUGCAAGUGAACAGUCUAACAGACGACAAUGGGAAACUCCAUCAGGAAAUUGAAGAGAAAGUUAAGCGUCUCUCUGGACUUGUGGAAGAAAGAGAUACUUUCCUCAACAAAGUGUCUACUUUUGAAAAGCUGCAUUCUAAGAAUUGUAAAAUAAUACAGGAGCUAACAAAGCAAAAAUACGAGUUAAAUCUGAAAGCCAAUGACCUGAGCAAGGGGCUUGAGCAGAGCAAACAGUCUGUCACAGAAAGCCUGUUGGAGAAGACGAAUGAAUGUAAUGAACUACAACGAUUGCUUCAGGAGAGUCAAAUAUCAUCUUCACAAUUAAAAGAUCAAGUUGAAAAUUUACAAUCUCAGGUUGACCACCUUAAUAUCAAUUUACAAGAAAGUGAAAAAAACAGUGCUGAACGGAAUUUACAAAUUGAGGCUCAACAAACCCAGGUGGUUCAGCUGCAGGAGACCCUUUCUCUUCUUCAGGAGCAGGGAACUGCCUUAAAAUCAGGUCUGAUGGAGAAGGACACCAUGUUUCAGCGGCAAGCAACAGAGUUGUCUUCACUGCAGUCUGAGCUUCAGCAACAGAAAGACUACGUGUCAAGACUCCAGAGUGAGUCAGAGACUCUUAAAGGAGAAUGCUCACGUUAUAAUGAGACCCUUGAAGAAAAAGAGGCAACACUGAGAACCAUGACUCAGGAUUGCCAAAGCCAUACAGAGGAGCUGAACAAAAGGAUUGAGUCUGUGGUUUCUCUGAGCAGUCAGUUAGGCACUGUUCAUGAAAACAAUGUAAAGCUGGAGUCUGAUUAUGUCUCUUUGAAAGCCUCACUAGAUAUGCAUGUGUCAGAGAACAGUACUUUGAAAGAAGCAGUGGCUCAGAGAUAUGCUGAAGUUGUUGCAUUACAAAACCACGAUCAGGCAGCGAUGGUACAAAAUCAGCAGUUGCGCUCUCUUUAUGACAACAAAGAGAAGGAAUUGAAUGAACUUCAACAAGUGGCAUCAGAGCUUAAUAAAAAGGUUGCCUUGGUAACUGAGCAAAAUGGUAACCUUGAGUCACAGGUGUCUAGUCUAUGUGAGCAAAGUAGAAAACUACAACAAGAAAAUGAUGACGUAUCAAAACUGCUCUUUAGUGCAGGUGAAGAGAGCAAUACUUUACAAAAUAAAUUAAGUGGCCUAGAAAUGCAACAUUCGGAAAAUCGCAAAAUUAUAGAGGGUCUGAUGAAGGACAAAGAGGAAUUGUCCUUACGAACAGAAGAACUGAAUAAUGUUCUUGAGCAGAAUAAACAGUCCACUUCAGGGAGUCUGUUGGAAAAGACAAGUGAAUGUAAUGAUCUGAAAAAGUCACUCGGUGAAAGAGAGGAGACAGUCAUCAGUUUACAAAGGCAAGUGGAAUUCUCAGACUCUCAGGUUAAUAAUCUCAAAGACACUCUUUCAGAAAAGGAGAGGGUUUGUGCCGAACAAAGUACACGGUUGCAGACCUAUUCGACCCAGGUGGCUCAACUGCAGGAGACCCUUUCUCUUCUUCAGGAGCAGGGAACUGCCUUGAAAUCAGGUCUGAUGGAGAAGGACACCAUGUUUCAGCGGCAGGCAACAGAGUUGUCUUCACUGCAGACUGAGCUUCAGCAACAGAAGGACUAUGUGUCAAGACUCCUGAGUGAGUCAGAGACUCUUAGAGGAGAAUGCUCACGUUUUAAUGAGACCCUUGAAGAAAAAGAAGCAACACUCCGCAACAAGAUUCAUGAGUGCCAGUCCAUUACUGAAGAACUCAACAAGAGAAAAGACUCUAUUGUUUCACUUAGCAGUCAGUUGGGUAAUAUGAAUGAAAAUGUUGUAAGGCUAGAGACUGAAAAUGCAGAUUUUAAAUGUUCUGUGAAGAAUCACAUAUCUGAAAAUGCCAAGCUAAAAGAGGAAGUGCAGAAGACACAAGAUGAGUUGCUUGACCUUAGAGACACUAUUCAAGCCCUGAAUGAGCAAAACGGUAAACUGAAAGCUGAAAUCCAGAAGACUGUGGUGGAGGCAUCAGACAAAAUGAAAGAGAUCAUUAACAUCAAGAAUGAACUUUCUGUUGCCAAUAAAUUUAAAGAAGACUUGCAGUUAACGUUGCAGCAAAAAGAAGAAUCAUUGAAACAGCAAGACAUGCUUAUUAACCAAUUGCAAGCCAAGUCUAAUGAGGGUGAGGGUGAGAUAAACCAGAGAAUGGAGACUAUUGUCGUGCUGCAGAAAGAAACACAGAGUUUGCAUGUUGCUCUGCAGAGUAAAGACACCCUCUUGUUUGAGAAGGAAAGAGACCUCACUGUGCUCAAGGAUAAGUUAACAUUGGAGUUAGAUGAAUCGAAAACUCAGCAGAGUAAAAUUAAGGAGGAGCUACACAGUAAGUCAGAAAGGACCAACCAACUCAAUGUAAGGGUAGCAGAGCAGGAUGCCCAACUGAAACAGAAGGUGGAUGAGUGUAUGAUUUUGAAAGAACAGGUUUCAGAGCUUUCAGAUUCAAAUUCCCUUCUACAAAUUCAGGUUGAAACUUUGACCUCAAAUUUGAAGGAAAAUGAGCUAGUCAUUCAGGAUGUAAAGAGUGCAUCCUCAGCACACAGCAACAGCCUAAAUGAUAAUUUCAAAGCCAAAGAGUCAGAAUGUGAAAGCUUAAAGGAACAGGUAUCCAGCCUCAGUGAGUCAAUAGCAAAACUGAAAGAUAACCUCAGUGCUCAGACUUCAAAGAUGUCCUCACUUCAGUUAGACCUUGAGGAGAGCAGGACAUCCAUAGCUGAACAGCGUAAAUGCAUUGAUGAUCUGCAGAGAAGAGCCGAUGAGUCAGCCCUUUUUAAGACUCAGUUUAUGGAGAGCACUGAGCAGGCGACUGUUUUGCAGAGACAGAUCCUGGGAAUUACCAAGGAGUAUGAAAACCUUACAAAGUUAGCUGAGGAGAGACAAAGUGCCUUAAUGAAUCUACAAGAAAAGUUUGCAUCUCAUUCUGAGGAGCUGCAAAUAGUGAAGACGUUGUUGUCUCAAAGGAAUGACGAGAUCUCAAACCUCAAUACAGCUCUUACAGAAAGCAGGGAAGCUACUGUCUCUGCUGAAAAAUGUGUCAUCUCUCUCAGGCAUGAGACUACUUCCCUCCAAGAUGAGUUGCAACAGCUGAGAGCUUCCAAUGCUAACCUUUCAAAACAAAAGGAUGAGGCCCUUUCAACUCAUGAAAGAAGUUCCAUGUCAUUAACUGUUGAAAUAGAGAAACUGAAAUCACAACACCUACAUGUGGCUUCACAGGUCAAUGCACUGACGGAGAAUCUUGAACAGCGAGAGAUGGCUCUUCAUGCAAUAAAUAGUCAGUACUCUGCUCAGGUAAAACGAUCAGAAAAUUUAGUUUCAGAGUUGGAGAAGUUAAGUGAUCUGAACAAAAGCCUUCAAGAGGAAAUGGAACGCACAAAGGAAGGUCUACAGCAGAAGCUUGAUUUAUCCACCAGUGAGAGGGUAGAGUUGGAGAAAGUGGUCAAGAAGCUGUCAGUUGAUAAAGAAAAACAUGAAAAGAGUCACUACAACCAGAUCCAAGUGAUGGAGGAACAGUUGCAACACCAAAUCCAGCAGCAGUCCUCUAACAUGAGUGAAGUUAUGGAGAGCAUGAAGUUGGAAAAGGAGCAUCUCCAGGUCCAGGUUAGUGUGAAAGGUGAAGAACUCACCGGAUUGAAAUCAGAAAUUCAAAGAAUUGAACAAACUCUCCAGGAGUCAGAAAAGGAAUGGCUGUUUGUCCUUGAUAGAGAGACACAAGAUAAGAAUUCCUUCAAAGAGAAAUUAGAGACUCUUGAGAAUGAGAUUAUGUCUAAAGAUAGCAAAGUACAUGGUUUACAACAGGACCUAGAUCAUUUGAAUGAAAAGUUGGGAGAGGCAACAUCUGCUUUAAAUGUUAGUUCAGAAAGGCUUAAAGAGAAAGAAAGUGAUGCAUUGACAAGUAAGAGUAAGCUAGAGGAAUUUUUAAGCACUGUACAAGCAAAAGAUAAAGAAACUUUAGAUUUGAGGAAUGCUUUACAGGACAUGGAAAAAGAGUUGAGAAAAUUAGAGUGUAACAAGCAGUCUGCUGAUGAAAACCUAUCUGAAAUUACACAAACUAUGUCAGAUCAAUUCGUUGCCAUUGAAGAGGAAAAAUCAACUCUACAAAACAGAAUUAAAGAGUUGCAAAAGAAUCAUCAGUCUGAGGUAACCCGGCUGAGAGAGGAGCUACAAAGUCUUUCAGUACAGUUACAGCAAAAACAGCGGGAUCUGUCAGAAACAGAGAAGCUGUGCAAAAAAGGGAAGGAGGAACUUGUUCUUCUGCAAGACAAGAUGCAGAGUCUUCAGCUGCAACUCCUUACAGAUGCAGAAAAUCUGAAAGAGGCAGGUGUUAAACAGACCACUUCACUGAAUGAAAUUCAACACAAAGAUGACAAGAUUAAUUGCAUGAACAUCCAGAUAAGCCAACAAAAGGAACUGAUUACUGGACUGAGCCAGCAGUUAAAAGAUAAAGAUCUCUCUGUUACACAAGUACUGACAGCUGCCUCUAAUGAAAGGAUGAAAUAUACUGAAGAAAAGAACAGUCUUCUUACCCAAAUUGAAAGCCUGGAAAAAUCUCAGAACAUCACAAUCAAGGAGCUUGAGGAUGUGUCGAAUUGUUUAGAAGAAACCAAAAUACACAUGUCUCUUUGCCAAAAUGAAAUUAAAGAUAAAGAUGUAGAGAUAAAACAUUUUGUUAAAGAGAAGGAAGAAUUGAAAACAGAGUUUCAAAAAUUAACAAAAGACAAAGAAGCAAUGAAAAAGAAGCUCCAAGCAGCUUUAGUUGUCCGAAAAGAGCUACUUAAGAAAAUUGAGAAUUAUGAACAGCAGAGGACAGAAGAUUUAAAGAUGUCAGAUUUACAGGAUAAAUUUCAAGAACUAUUGUUACAAAGUCAGACUGCAGAAACAGAGCACAAAGCCCUCGUUGAUUGUUUACAACAACAGCUAGAGUUAAAAAAUACGGAGAUCCUUGAAUUUGCUCAGGUAGUGUCAGGAAAAGAUGAACUUAUAAAGCAACAGGAAAAACAUAUUGAAAGCUUAAGAGGAAGCUUACAAGAGCAAGAGGUCAGUUUAACAACAUCUCAUCAGACCCUUGAGGAAAAGGGAAAAGCCAUUGAGAAUCUCAAAGCAAACAUUAGCGAAAAAGAGCAGAACAACAGUGAAUUGUUGAUUAAUGUUGAACAAUUAAAAAGAGAAAUUGAAGAAAAAGAAGAAUGCUGGAGAGAUCAAGUUGAGGGUUCCAAAGUCUCAUCAGUAGCUGCGGAGAGUGAACUGGUUAAGGUGACGCAGGAAAAGGCUGUUCUGCACAGGAAGGCACAUGCUGCACUGUUGGCCCGGAAGGAAACCAUAAAGAAGGCCCAGGAGAGUGAGAAGAAGUACAUGCAGGAGAUCUCAGAACGAAAAGAUGACUUCGAAGCUCUCCUUGAAAAGCACUGCCAACAAACAAAUGAGCUUAAUGCAAUGCAGUUGAAGUAUGAGGACACGGUUAAGGAACUAGAAGAAAGCAGACAUGUUUCAACCUCUCUUCAGAGUAAACUAGAGAAGUUAAUUGAACAGAGGGACGAUGUUCUACAAGAUCUACGACUUGCCCUAGAUGGCAAAGACAGCCAGGCUAUAACUGCACAAACAUAUAUUGAAGAGAUGAAAGUCAUUCAACAUAGUUUAGAGAAGGCUAAUACAGAGAUUGCAAGAAAGGAUAUGACACUGGUAACACUUGAAAAGCAUUCAACAGAACUUGAAAACUGUCUCAGAGAGAUCAAAGAAAUAACUGACCAGCUUGAAGAGCAGAAACAAGAGAUUGAAAAUCUGCAGCACCAGAACCAGCAUGAAAAACAAAUAACGAUUGAACAGCAAAGUCAGUUACAUAAGUUGCAGUCUUUGAAUGAAGAAUUACGGCAAAAGCUUAAGGAGUUGGAAGAUGAAAGAGAAGAACAGUCCCAGGAGUUGGAGAACUUUGCUAGAAGACGCAGUGAGGAACAAACUCUUGAGCUUGAAACUGCACUGGCCAAGAAAUCUGAGGAACUCGAGUCUGUCCAAAAUUCCUCAGUUCAAACACAGAUGGAGCUUGAGAGAGUACAUUCACAAUGGUUGACAUCUCAAACGGAGGUAGAGAGUUGCAAACUCCUUAUUGAAAGCCUACAGCAAGAGAAAAACACAGUUUUCAAGGAUUUGGAAAGAAAUGAAAAACAAGUCACCAUGUUUGAAUCACAGCUUAAAGAACUGCAAAAACAAAAUUAUGAACUUUUGCAGAAAAUCGAGGCCAUGGAGAUAAAGCAGUCAUCAGACAUUGAAGUUGUUAAAAAUAUGGUUGAAGAAUCUCUCAAAACAUCUUCUGAUCCACUUGAUGUGAACCUUAAUGGAAAGGAUGCAGAUCUGCUUGCCCUCCAAGCUGUUGUCACUGAAAAAGAUGAGCACAUAUCUGCCCUGGAACAGCAACUACAGAGGCAAAUCCACCUCCAUGAGCUUGCAAUGAACAAGAUGAGGACUGAAGUUAAUGAACUCCAGCAAAGAUCAAGACAAGUUGGAGGGAGUGAACAGGCAAAUGAAAAUAAACCAAGUGAACAACUGACAAAGAAAUUACAAGCUGCUUUGAUCUCUCGUAAGGAAGCAUUGAAAGAAAACCAUACUGUCAAAGAAAAAAAUCAGGCAUUGUCGUCAGAAAAUGAAAGAAUUCGCACAACAUCCGCUGGCCUUGAACAUGCUGUUGCUGAACUAAGACAGCAGAAGACAGAUCUGGAAACAACUUUAUUCUCCCUCCGUAGUGACAAAGAGCAGGUUAUUGCUGAAGUAGAGCGAGUGUCAAGUGAAAACCACAGUCUUUCAGCAGCUUGUGGCAGCCUUAAACUUACAAUAGAGAGCAUCACACAACAGAAAGAAGCAUUCUCAUGUCAGUUAGAGUCUCUGAAAGAUUCUCAAACUGUAGAGUUGUCAGAAUGGAAAUCAAAGCACACAGAGCUGAAACAAGAGUAUGAGUCUCUUUUGCAAGCAUAUGAAAAUGUUGGUAGUGAAAUGGAUAAGAUGAGGCAGCUUAUGGAAGGGGCCAGAAGAGAGAGACAGGAAGCCAUAUUGAAAGCCCACAAAGCUGAGUCAGAAAGACAAAACCUUGAGAAACAAAUAUGUGAGGUAGAGGAAGAAAAUGAGAAAAUAAAAGACAAGAUGAGGAAGUUUGCAAAGGUCAAGCAACAAAGAAUGGAAGAGCUUGAGGAGGAAAAUGCUACAAUCAGGCAAGAUCUUAAUGAAUAUAAUGAGAAGGAAAAAUCUGUUGUGGAGCAACUCACAGUAAAGAACCAGCAACUGGAAGCAGAAAUGACCCUCCUGAAAGAUUCAUCUCAGGAACUUAGAUUGAGGUUUAAUGAAAUACAACUUGAAAACCAAAAUAUGGCCAGGGAACUCGAAACGGCUAGCUCUUCAUUGGAAAAGUGGCAUGAUGAAUCAAAAAGUAGUGAGAAUAAUUUGCAACUUCAGCUCAAAGAGGCAUUCAAUUUGAACAAUUCUUUGACAGCACAGAUUGAGGCAGAAAAAGCUGAAAUGGUGGCACAACAAGAAAUUAUUGAGGCAAUACAGAAAGAGAAAGUAAGCCUCUCUGAAAAGUUCCAACAGCUGCAGAUGGAUCAUGAAGCUGAAUUGAAAGAAAGAGACAAAACUGUGUGUGAACUAAAUGAAGUUGUAAAUAGGAAUGGACAAGAAACCAUUAGCCUCAACGAGAAGGUUAGAAUCUUAGAAGAUGACAAAUGUUUAUUGCAAGAAGAGCUGGAAAAUGCCCAAGAGAUAUCCGACAAAGUAAAGAAUGAGAGUGAGUAUUUGGAGACUGUACUCCUCAAAAAUUCAGAAAGAAUUGAUGAGUUGACUCAAAUGGUGAAUGUAUUACAGUCACAAAAUUCCCAUCUAAUGACACAGCUAACAGAGAAUAAAGAGGAAAAGGCCAAGGCACUCAAAGAGAAAGAGGAACAGCACCUUAAACUUGUUAAAGCGUUUGAGGAAAAGCUGAAGACCGUCCAAAGGGGUAGUGAGGGCUCCAAAAACAUUAAGAAAGAGCUUCAAGAACUCCUGAAAGAAAAGCACCAAGAGAUCAAUCAGCUCCAGAGCGAUUAUAUCAGAUACCAAGAGUUAAUUCUGAAUCUUGAACGAUCUUUGAAGAAUUCAAACUCUGCACAACAGAAAAUGGAGAAAGACUUGGAGGAAAACAAUAAGACCAUAACUGAAAUGAUGGAACAAAGGAAAAAACUUGAGGAUGAAUUGUCAAAUCACCAGAAUUUCGUUGGGGAGGCCAAGACACGCUUGGCAAGCUAUGAUUCUGAAAAAGAUCAGUUACAUCAUGAACUGGAGCGGAAAAAUGAACUCUUCCAAUCACAGAUGAAGGAGAAAGAAGGGGAACUGGGAAAAAUUAUUGACCAACAAAAGUCUAUUCAUAAGGAUAAGCUAAUGGAACUUCAGAGAAGAAUUGAUGAGUUGUUACACCACAAUGAGAAGGAGUCAGAAGUGUCAGUUUUGUUGAAAAGCCAGGUGGAUCACCAAGAUUUACAAAUAAAAAGACUCACAAGAGAGUUGGAGACUAAUUCUGCAAAGCUUGCCGUCCUCUCUGUUAAACCAGAUAGUGUUGAGCCAUUAAACCAUUGGAAUGAUAUUUUCCAGAAAUCGUUGCAUGACAAGGAUGCUCAGCUCCUUGAGCAAAGCAAUGUUAUAACUAGACUUCUUGAAGACGGCAGGGGCAAAGGAACGACAAUGAGUGAAAUGCAGAUGACCAUUAAGAGGCUUGAGAGGGCCUUGAAUGAUUAUACAGUAGCAUCUUCAGCACAACAGAGACAGAUCAUUGUGAUGAGUGCAAGCAAUACAGAACUCAGCCAAAAUGUAGAGUUCUUCAAUAGACAGCUACUAGAGCAGAGUGCACAGAUUGAAAGGUUCGAAAGUGAGAAAACGUCACUAAACAGACAACUGUCUGACAAAACGGAUUCAUCAUCUCAAAUGCAGUCGAAUCUGGAAUAUCUAGAAAAAAACCUGUCAGAUGCAGAGUCACAGCUUACGUCAGUGAAAUCUCAGCAUGACAAGCUGUUAGCUGAUUUUGAGAAACAGGAGGCUAUGUUGUCUCAUAUGAAGACACUACUUCAAAAUAAAGAUGCAGAGAUCUCUUCACUGCUGUCUUCCAGAGAUGGACAGAUGUCAGGUUACCUGGAACAACUGCAAGCAAAUCAUCGAACUCAGGUGGAAGGUUAUGAGGAAAGGUUAAAUGGCCUUUACAAUGACCAAGUGAAGACACAGCAUGAAUUCCGAAGGCUGGAAAGCAAGGUCAAAUCUCUACAGGGAAAGAUUGACCGGUCCAUUCAAGAGAAGGAGCAAAUGGCUACACAGAUGGAGACAUUUAAGAACUCUAUGGCGUCCCUUCAAAAUGAAAGAGAUCGUUUGAUGUCAGAGCACCGCACACUUCAGCAGACUGUUGCAAUGCACAAAGAGAGUUCAGCUGAAGGAGACUUGGGUCCCUCGAAGGGUCUAAAGGGAGAAAUAAAGACUCUUCUUCACCAGAUGGAUGACCUGAAUUCAGAAAAUGCCAUGCUCAAAGCACAGCUGAUAAGAUACAGGGAAGACUUAAACCAAGUACUGUCUCUAAAGGACAACCAACUGAAAGAGCUUCUCAGAAAGCAGCAAGAUUCUAUUAAAAGCCUUGAAACCCAAAAGGUUGCUGUUGAAAAACAGCAUCGUGAAGCUGUUUCACAACUCCAAGUGGAAGGUGAGACCGUUCAGGCCUUAAAAACUCAGAAUUCCAAUCUCCAUUCUCAGGUUAAAGAACUUGAAGCUAGUAUAAUAGCCUUGCAUAAAGAAAUAUUAGAGUCAGACAAAGGCAAAGUAAUUCAUGAUUUGCAGCAAGCUGUUGCAGCCAAAGCUUCUGAAUGUAACAAUCUUCAGCAAAAAGUCUUUACUCAGAAAGUUGCUGCAGAUGACCUCAAACUGACCCUCGAGCAGCUCAAGAGUGAGACACAGACGAAACUUAGAGAGGCUGAAAGCAUGUACAACUCUGAGAGACAGGCAAUCGAAAGAAAAUUGGGUCUCAUGAGAAACGAGAGGGAAACGGCAGAGCAGAGGGUGGCAGAGCUAGCUAGGGAUCUGAUGCAGACUGAACAGGUGUUGUCUGAAUCCAGGAAUCAAGGCAAGGACUUGAAGUCUCAGAAUGAGUCUCUAGGUAAAGCCAUGGUGGCACUGCAGAACGACCGUGAGCAGCUCAUCGACAACUUUAAAGUUCUCCAAAGUAGAUACAAUGCUGAGCUCAGAGAAAUGACAGCUGCUAUGAACAAGAUGGAGUGGCAGCUCAGAGAUCUCACAUCUGAGUUGACUGCACUUACUACACAGAGGAAUGUGUUGGUCCAGGAACUCCAGGCUUUGGAAGGCAAGGACCCACAGUCUCAGCUUACUGACUUGGUGAAUGACUUAACACAAACAAUAUCAGAGAAAGAAGUGGAGCUUCAGCAAGUCUCGCUGGAGAACAGUUCAUACAACAAGCAAGUGGCAGCAUUUUCCAAAGCAAUGGCGAGUUUGCAGAACGAUCGAGACCGUCUAAUCGAGGAACUAACUGGAGCUAAGAAAGCAUUAGAUUCAAGGCAGCAGUCAAGUCCUGAUACAGUUGGAACUUUGAGAGGAGAGAAAUGGGAAAUCCUUAGUAGAAGUGUCAAUACUCUACAGACUGAGAGAGAUGGACUGCUAAAAGAAGUGGAAAACCUGCGGUCUGUGAAUGCUGAGCUGGCAGAAUUCAGACAUAAAUAUGAUGACCAACAGAUGAUGCUCCAACAAGCACAGGCCUAUAGGGCGCAAAUUGACCAGAAUGUCUCCUUGUAUCAAGCAGAAUCGGCAGAGCUCAGGGCUGACAACAGCAGGUUGCUAUCUGAGGUUCAUACACUUAAGGAUCAAGCCCGGAUUGCCCAACCCCUUUAUCCAUCUAAGGAGUCUAUGACACUGCUGGGCAAGCAUGAGGGUGCAGAGCCACUGUCUCAGCUGCAGGCAGAAAGGGUUCAGCUGCACAGGGACCUCCAGCGCUGCCUCCAGGAGAUCCACCAGAGAGAUCUGCUGCUCCAGCAGCUCAACACCAAGCUGGGUCAGGUCAUAGAGGAGAAGAGUGGAGUUUCUGUUCAGCUGAAGGCCGUGUCUCAGACCCUGAGAGACACCCAGCUGAACCUGAGCGAAGUGCAGAACCGCUACUACUGGCUGGAGAACCAGGUUCAAACCCAGCAAGCGCCAGCACAGAGCUCAUCGCAUGUAGAAGUGGCCCCAGGAGCACCGCAGGAGAAGUCCAGCGCCGUCGUGGACAUUGAUGGAGCUGAAACGGGAGAGCUUAGGAGCAGAUUGACUGAGACAGAGCUUCAACUGGACACUGCCCAGCAAAGUGUAUCCCAGCUCACUGAUAGGCUUGAGGAGGAGAGAGGAAGAAGAGAGGCAGCAGAAGAAGCUCUGGGAUUCGCCGAUGCAACAAUUAAGAGCAUGGAAGCCCGGCCUUCUGGAUCUCCUCAAAGAGACUUUAGUAUCCAGCUUGAGACUGAUGAUGAGUGGGAGGCCUUAAUUCUGGACCCCAACCAACAUGUGGUGAUGCGCAAGAUGAAGGGUGGAGUGCUGGCCCUCAGGCGCUGGAUCCGUGGUCGGAGUCUUUACUGCUCCAGGAUGCUGACCUCCAAGGCCAAGUCCCGCUACCUUUUCCUCUCCUACCUGCUCAUACUUCAUGUGCUGGUAUUCAUGUGCCUGAGUGGUGCCCUCUAGAGGAAGUCCAGCACCUUCACACACUACAUAAACUAUAAGUGUAGCUCUGCCACCCACAAAUGCAUCAUCCUUAUGAAACCUGCAGAACGGCUCUGCUUCACGCAACACCUGGACGGAGAUUACCCAAGUAGUCAGGAGGUUAACCUGAAUGUCAGUUCAGUCAUUCUGACACUACGGAAUUGCCGCUGGUCUAAGGCAUGAAUGUUGGGACCAGCCACACGAGUCCCGAGGAAAUGGCACUACUUUUUUUUUUUUUUUUUUUUUUAAAUGUGAUGUCCUCGCAUUAAAGCCCCUUGGUUUUUGGAGAAGGGCUCAAGCUCACACAUUGCUGCUCAGUCCCCACAAACCACCAGUCCUCACUUGUCCUAGUUUCCCUUCCCAAUACACACACCAUUUCUCACCGGCGGCUGAGUGGCCGUUAACCUGCCACAUCCCCAGCUGCGAUGAAGCUAUGCACUGAACUCUACCCAUUUGUUCAUUUUUUGCAGCCCAGCAGGGCCCCCCCCCCCCAGGUUACAUUAGAUUAUGUACCUGCGUAACACUUUAGUGCACUGUAUGAGGGUAUAUCUAUGUGUGUAUGUAAGAAUGCAUCUGUACUAUAUUUAAAAAGAGAUGAAUGAAUGAAUGAAUGACAGUACAGUAUGCUAAGUCCUAUAGUGUGUUGGAAUAAGUUUAGUGUAUAAAAAGGUACAGUUCUGAUUUCUGUUGUAUGUAUUGUAAUUGUACGCCUCUGAUUGUUUACAUGGCAAAUCAUCUAAUAAUGCUGUGGCACACAGUAGGCUCAUUCCAAGGCUUCUGUGAUUCUGAUGUUCCUAAUUAUAUGUAAAUAUGAUGUGAUUAAGGAAAAUGGUAAUCUACUGUGUGUUAAAGGAAAACUACUGUGCGCAUCCAAGAUGUCAUAUUUUCUACACAUGGUCUAUUUUCUAAGAGAUGAAUCAUUAGUCAAAUAAGGUUCACUUUGAAAGAAUGUUUCACAGCUUUUUGCCUUUUUUUAAAGGCUGGACGUGUGCAAUAAGGUCUGAGGUCUUGUGUUUUCUUUUUCAGGUGUGUGGUUAAGUUAGUGGCAAAUUUUAAUAAAAUUCUGAAGCAUCA